UUCGUAGUCGGCGUUGGUCCGUCUACAGUGUGUGGUGUACUGUGUGGAUCCCUCUCAAUUUUGCCGAACAAAUAUGUUGUCUUUUGUGUGUAUAUCUGUCCUGUGUUUAACGGGUGCCUUUGCUGUUAGCCCCGACAACAAACGAGACGACAGUGGAUUUCAGCUGUUUGUUGGAACUCAGGCGCCUCAACUACCAAAUAGUGGUGGAGUAGAUUUAAAUUGCGUAGAUAAACAAGCAAACUGCGUGGCAUUCGGCAAGCAGUCAUGCCAGCCUCCCUAUGACAAAUGGGCCAAGGACAACUGUGCUAACUUCUGUGGAUUCUGUCAAGGUCCGACCACACCCGCGCCAGCCUGUGUGGAUAAGAUUCAGAACUGUGAGGCAUAUGGGCAAACCGUGUGUAAUGAUCCUCAGUACGGAACAUGGGCUGUAGAAAACUGUCGUUAUUUCUGUCGAAAAUGUACAGUUCAGCAACUCCAAGUAGCUGACUCCAUGACAACUACAAUCGCACCAGAACGAUGUGUGGACAAGGUGGACUGUAGACUAUAUGGCAAAAGUUCCUGUUCGGGUAACUUUAAGGGCUGGGCUAACGAAAACUGCAUGAACUAUUGUGGAUUUUGUGUUGGCGUACCAACCCCGCCACCUGCAUGUGUUGACAAAAUCAACAACUGCGACCAGUAUGAUCCAGCGUCCUGUACUGAUGCCCAGUUCCAUAUAUGGGCCACUGACAACUGCAGGAAACACUGUAAUCUGUGUAGCGGUGGUGCAGUUCUAACACCACAGAUCGGUUCUGCAGGUGUAACGCCGUCUUUACAGAAUCCGGUUCCAGCAACAUCGAUGCCAGGAUAUGCCGUGCCCAAUUUUCCGGGGAAGCGAAAUAUUCCACCUCUACGAUCGGUGAAGAGGCAGGCCGGAACCGGAGCAGAACCAAAUGGAUUAAUGACAGAAAAGCCCCCUACCACCCUAACCUCCACUGAGAGUCCUCCGUCCACUAAAGCCCCAACAACUCUGGAGCCACCUCCUGCACUUCCUGUUCCCGAGCACGAGGGUACUGGCGCAGAAAUUGUUGAACCAGCGUUUCCACCAAAGCCUAUUAAAACAACGACAGAAAAGGGACCGGCCCCUCCUUCUACAACUACCAUCGAGGCACCACCUCCAACGACAACCGAAAAUCCCCCUGACACCCCCACUUCGACAGAAAUGGGCCCUACCACUACUGAAAUGGCACCUGACAAUAACACAACUGAAAACAUGACAGAUUCGACAACACCUUCACCAAGUAGCUCAGACAACACAACCGACUCUGCGAUUUCAACUCCUUCAGCUUCAAGCGGACCAGAUAUGACAACCGACUCCGGAGUACCAACUCAAUCUCCAAGUGGAACAGAUAUGACAACUGACUCAGGAGUACCAACUCAAUCUCCAGGUGGAACAGAUAUGACAACUGAUUCAGGAGUACCAACUCAAUCUCCAGGUGGAACAGAUAUGACAACUGACUCAGGAGUACCAACGCAACCUCCAAGUGGAACAGAUAUGACAACUGACUCAGGAGUACCAACUCAAUCUCCAAAUGGAACAGAUAUGACAACUGACUCAGGAGUACCAACUCAACCUCCAAGUGGAACAGAUAUGACAACUGACUCGGGAGUACCAACUCAACCUCCAAGUGGAACAGAUAUGACAACUGACUCAGGAGUACCAACUCAAUCUCCAAAUGGAACAGAUAUGACAACUGAUUCAGGAGUACCAACUCAACCUCCAAGUGGAACCGAUAUGACAACUGAUUCAGGAGUACCAACUCAAUCUCCAGUUGGAACAGAUAUGACAACUGAUUCAGGAGUACCAACUCAAUCUCCAAGUGGACCAGAUACGACCACUGACUCAGGAGUACCAACUCAAUCACCAGGUGGAACAGGUAUGACAACUGAUUCAGGAGUACCAACUCAAUCUCCAAGUGGACCAGAUACGACAACUGACUCAGGAGUACCAACUCAAUCUCCAGUUGGAACAGAUAUGACAACUGACUCAGGAGUACCAACUCAACCUCCAAGUGGAACAGAUACCACAACUGACUCAGGAGUACCAACUCCAUCUCCAGGUGGAACAGAUAUGACAACUGACUCAGGAGUACCAACUCAAUCACCAGGUGGAACAGGUAUGACAACUGAUUCAGGAGUACCAACUCAAUCUCCAAGUGGACCAGAUACGACAACUGACUCAGGAGUACCAACUCAAUCUCCAGUUGGAACAGAUAUGACAACUGACUCAGGAGUACCAACUCAACCUCCAAGUGGAACAGAUAUGACAACUGACUCAGGAGUACCAACUCAACCUCCAAGUGGACCAGAUACGACAACUGAUUCAGGAGUACCAACGAAAUUGCCAGGUGGAACAGAUAUGACAACUGACUCAGGAGUACCAACUCAAUCUCCAGUUGGAACAGAUAUGACAACUGACUCAGGAGUACCAACUCAACCUCAAAGUGGAACCGAUAUGACAACUGACUCAGGAGUACCAACUCAAUCUCCAAGUGGACCAGAUACGACAAUGGAUUCAGGAUUACCAACGCCUUCAAAUGGACCAGUUACUACAACCGAGCUACCUGGUUCAGGGUCUACAGAAGUGCCAUCAGGAGGAAGUACAGAGAAGCCGGCGACCGGAACAACAGAAGAACCCGCUACAGGACCAACACAAAUUCCCGACACAACUUCUCCCUCUGCAACACCAUUAGGCCCUGUCACAAUUGCACCUUCUGCAACUACGGCAGCUGUAACUGCUCCAUCAGGUGUAACUGAAGUCUGUGAAGAUAAACUUCCAAACUGUCGACAAUAUGGAUUCGACAAAGUCUGUUCUCCUGGACCAUACAGGCCAUGGGCUGAAGUAAGAUGUAGGAAAUUCUGCGGCUUCUGUGGAGCUCCAACGACGCCUCCACCAUGCCAGGAUGUCCUUCCCAACUGUGCUGAAUAUAACGACGAUUUGUGUUCUAAUCCGAUCUUUAAGAUUUUCCGAGAGGAUAACUGUCGGGCCUUCUGUAAACUCUGUGACAAUCCUUUAGCGCCACCCACCACUCAACCUGUCAGCACAACACCUGACGCCAUUAUGCAAAGUUUAAAAAAUAACUGCAGAAACAUCCGAACUGACUGUGACUACUUCCAAGACACUUCAUGUUUCAAUGAAUACGAGAGCUGGGCGAGACGUAACUGCGCCCUCCGCUGUGGGUACUGCCCAGGUAAAGAGGAACCAUGCCAGGAUACAGACCCUCUUUGUAGCGAAUAUGGUGCUGACCUGUGUACAGGAUAUGAAGGGUUUGCCAGGGAUAAGUGUAGGAAGUUCUGCAAUUUAUGUGGAAAUCCCGUACCGCCAUCCAGUAUUCCUGGGUCCUCAAAUAGCACAGGCACAGCGAGGCCGUUCCCCCCUUCAGGACAGCCGAAUCUAAAACCAACAUCUGCAAACAACUUGACUGCAGCAUCACAGAUUUUGUCACACACAUACGAGGGCCCACCUUCGGACAUACCAGGAUUCUGCCAAUACAAGGAUCAAUAUCUGAACCUGACACAGACGUACAAAGACGGAUGUGACGUCAGAUGCACGUGUCUGGAUAACAUAAGGAACACAGUUGUGUGCACAGAUGUGUGUCCCACGUGGACCUCCACACCUUCAGAGUGUCAUCUUGAGAAAGUGGCCGGUGAAUGCUGUGAUCGACUUAUCUGUAGUGGUGAUAUACUGCCGGGCGUUCCCCAGGUCAACCCAACACAAGUCCCAGUCAACCCCACGUAGAAGACGUGGUGCAUCCUGUACAUUUAUAAACCUUUUCAUACCCAUAUUUGUAGUUACACCAAUAGAUAAUAAAAUUAAAGAUGGGAAAGGUUUUGUCUUUAUAUUUGCCAUUAAAGACACUUAAUAAGAUAUUGUUAUACGGUAAACGAAAUGCUUACUAAGUCAAUAAAUCGAAGGCGGUAUAGAAUAAGAAAAAAAAAUGAACGAGUUGUAAAAUAAAACAAGAUUUUUAUCUGGA